ACAGACACGUACUCCUACCAUGCAGAGUAACUGAGCAUGAAACCCAGUCUGAAUCCAGAUCGCCGCCGUAGCCGUACACUCAGCGAAGAACAAGAUGCCGCAGGCUGUCCUUGUCCUACGUAGUCUCCCGCUCACCCGUCUGCCAGUCUCCGACUUGCUUUGCGUUGCGCGUACACCACACCACCAUCACCAUCACCACCACCUUACCUCGUAUCUAUGUGACGAGGCACACACACGGAUCCCUACCAGAAACCAUCACACUCCUAACAGUAGUAUGUAUACACAGCAGUACAACGGAAAACGUCGAACCGAACAAAUCAAAUCGAACCAAACCACACCCCCGAGACAACAAUUGAAACCCUGCCUGCCCUCCAAGACCUCUGAAACCCAACGUUGGUGUUCCCUGGUAUAUACCUGAGACACCGGUGGGGGACACGGGACGCGACCACUAAGGUAUAGA